AUCACACAAACAUCCAUUUUCGUCUCAGAGCGAGUUUGGUUUUCCGUUCGGUCGCGUCGCGUUCCGCGUUCAACCUUCCUUCGUCCUGUGCGUGUGUGUAGGAUUUAAUAUUUUUCUUUCCUGGUAACCAAAUUGCUCUGGGUGUACUUAUUUGUAACGUGUAUAGCUAUUGUGCUUUGGUAGGUGAAAUGGUGGGAAUGUGACAAGAAGAUAUACCAGGAGGUCAAUAUCAAAAGCACAAGGGAAUGAUAAAAUAAGUUAGAAGAUUUACUUUUGUGCAUCUCAGAAACGAAGAAAACUUGGUGAAGAAAAUUGUUUAACUGGUGAAAAUUCGCCACCCCUUUCACAACAGCAGUAGCAGCAGCGUUCCAACACACAGACACAAGAGAAGGAUUUAAGCAGCGGAAAAUGGUGCAGAAGUACGAAUCCCCAGUGAGGAUAUAUAAAUAUCCUUUUGAGCUGGUUAUGGCGGCAUACGAACGCCGCUUCCCCACGUGUCCUCAGAUGCCAAUCGUGCUGGACUGUGAGAUUAUCGAUGAUGCUGAAACAGACAACGGAGCCAAGCGGGAAACGAAACGACGGUGCAAACUGGCCGUCGAUGCACCGUAUUUGUUCAAGAAAAUCAUCGGUAUUGACGUGGCUUACUUCAUCCAAACUAACUUCCUCGAUCUGAAAACCCGCACGCUUAACAUCGAAGCCAUCAACGAGACGUUUUCGUCCAGAAUCGAAAUCUUCGAGAAGUGUCGCUACUAUGCGCACCCGGAAAAUCCAGACUGGACCUGCUUCGACCAGGUGGCCACUCUGGAUAUCAAGAACUUUUUCGGUUUCGAGCAUUCGAUGGAGAAGAUGGGCAUGAAGCAGUACUCUCAAACCACUCAAAAGGGAAAAGAAAUCAUCGAAUACUUCAUCAACGAACUUAAAAAAGAAGGCAUCUCCCAUGUCGACAGAUGGAAAGAAGACGAAACAACAGAACCCGCGGCUACCGCCACAACAACGGUGUCAAUUUCCAGCGAAAAACCGCCCCUCACACGCGAUAACAGCAUACUGGAUGCGGACUACAUUGCCACCUACUUAGGCCAGCUGUCGCCGUUGCAGGAAUCUAAAUUGGUUCAGUUCCGGAAAAAGAUCGAAGAAACCAAUCACGAAGGCAAAGUACCGGACUACCAGACACUGCUGCGGUUCCUGAGAGCACGUGACUUCAGCAUCGAGAAGGCCGCCAGCAUGUUGCAGGAAUCGUUGCAGUGGCGCGAAGAACACCGCAUCGAUGACAUUCUCGGCGAGUACAAAACCCCAGUGGUGGUGGAAAAAUAUUUCCCCGGUGGGUGGCAUCAUCACGACAAGGACGGCCGACCUUUGUACAUCUUACGGUUAGGCAACAUGGAUGUGAAGGGUUUGCUAAAAUCCGUCGGCGAGGAUGAACUGCUAAAAUUGACGUUGCACAUUUGCGAAGAAGGCUUGAAGCUUAUGAAAGAGGCGACCAAACUAUUUGGGAAACCCAUAUGGAACUGGUGUCUACUGGUUGAUCUGGAUGGACUUUCAAUGCGUCAUCUGUGGCGGCCUGGCGUGAAGGCAUUGCUACGGAUAAUCGAGACUGUAGAGAAAAAUUACCCAGAAACCAUGGGCCGAGUAUUAAUCGUGAGGGCACCACGUGUAUUCCCGGUUCUCUGGACGAUUGUUAGUGCGUUCAUAGAUGAAAAUACCCGAUCAAAAUUUCUAUUCUUCGGUGGCCCUGAUUGCUUACACAUUGAAGAUGGUUUGGAGCAUUACAUUCCCACUGAAAAGAUCCCUAGUUUCCUGGGAGGCUCCUGCAUACCAACUAUUUCAACAGUGGGGGAAGCGGUGCCAUCCAAAUUGUACACACGGUGCUUUCUGAGCGCGUGUCAUUGUACUAUGAUCCAUGAAGGUGGUCUCAUACCUAAACAUUUGUACAAAUCGGAGUCUGUAGAAGAGCAUAACGGUGUACCCCACGGACACGAACACCAUGGUUUGUACAAAUCGGUUGAUUUGAAACCGGGUCAGAUGUUCGAGCUGGUUAUCAAGAAUACCGACCCCAAAUCGGUACUGACGUGGGAUAUUGACGUGCUCAAGAAUGACAUUUUGUUUGCGCUGUACAGAACCGAUAAAGAUCUGGAACAGAGUUUCAAUGAUUCGUUUUCAUCCGUGUUCGAUAACGCUGACAUGAAAGAAGGCGUACACUACACUAGACUCGAAGAAAAGGUCAGGUGUAAACCCAAGGAAGGUGUUCAAGGUUCCCAUGAAAUGGCCACCGCUGGAACAUACGUUCUGCAGUGGAUGUGUCCGCCAUCUUGCGAUGGUCCUGCUCAAUUGAUGUAUUUUCACGAGAUUCUUAGCUCCGCCAACUAUAAAGGCUCAAUGACUAGUCUGCAGUCGGGAUUCUCCUCUAACAGCUUGCAAUCUCGAUGAUGCGAAACCUUUGAGACUGAUUUUAGCCCGCGCCACUCGGGGGGUCAUUAACAUGAGCAGCACCCAUUAUCAUUCUCUCAAACAAGCACAGAAUCUCCAUUACGAUGGUUAAAAAGCAUACCGACAACCAUUUCACAUUGGUGACACGAGCAAAGUUGCAUUUCACUUGACAAAUUACUGCAAUUUCAACGGUUGUAACAUAGAUACAAUAAGCAAACAAUCAAGUAACGAAGAAUCUUUUAACGGCAUGUUUAGAAGUGCAAAAAUCGGAUGCGCGGAAUAAGUUAUGAACACACAAAAGCGGUAGAAAUCUAGCAUCAAUUAGGGAAAGUGCAAGAAGUAAUAAUUAGAUCAAAAAUGAAUAGUACAUUCAUGUCCUCGUGACUUACACAUAAGACAAUAGCAGGCAGCAAAGUGCGGUAACCUACACGUAAAAACAAAACAACUGUUUAACAGAAGUUCACGAUCGCAGAUUCUACCUUAUGAAAAAUACAGCUGACGAAUCAUUUUAUACUACAGAACCUACUACUUUCAAAUGUCACAACUUAUUGAUGUUGCACGAAUACACUAGUUGAAGGUAAAUCAAACGAAAUUCUAUCUGGUUCUAGCAAAUCCAAAUCAUAGUAUAAUUGUGUAUACACAGAACAGUACGGAGAUUACUCUGCUCAUUUUAGAAAAGCCUAUAAACCCAGAGAUCAAUGUUAACCAGAAAUCUUUAAUAUAAGAGAUUUUUGGACACGAUUUUUUUUUGUUAGGCGAACAGUAUCAUUUAACUCUUUUUGAGUAUAAAUAUCAGAAAUAACUUAAACCCAAAUUAUUUUAACUGGUUUACAAAUCCUUCAAGUCAAACAUACUAAAAUUGUCUCUCAUUUCAACACUUCUCAUUGCUCUAUUGGCUUACAAUGGCCGCUUCCACGAAUCUCUUAUACAAAAGAUCCCUAACGAAAACCACAUACUAUCUGUACUUCAAACUCGCUGUACAUGAAACAAAAUUAGAGCUUUGAAUGUAGAAGCAACGUAGACCGCAUCCAACGUGAAAUAUGAAUCUCUAUACCUCACAUUCAUCAACUUCAUUGCCAAGCAGACCAUACUUAUGAGGCUUAUAGCGAUUACCGAUUCCCAUUUUUAAAUCUCCUGCUAUGUUUUCCUCGUUCUUUGCAGCUUAAGUCCACUUUCGUAUCUACACUACUUAUUAUCGUUACAGAUUUUUGUCAUUUGUAUUUAGUAGCAUACGUAUCACGGGUAGGUGAAUAAUAGUAAUAACAGUUAUGUAAAAUGUCAAAGUAAAUCUCUGUGAUAAAUUUAAUAAAAUACUUUUUGUUGAAAACAGAACCGCAAUGUCGAUAGAUCAGAAACAUCACAAACAGUAUACGCGCCUAUGUUCAUCAUUGCAUGUUUCCCAUCUAUAGUUACAGGUAACUUUCCCUAUUAACUUUAAGUCUCAGACUUUUGAGUUCAUCUUUUCUCAUAGGUUUAGAAAGUUUUACAAAAAAUGUACUUUUCUCUCGAGCACGUCAUACCGAUAAGUCCAGUCAAUACAGCAAACAGAUUCCAACCAAUGAAAUAUACGUAUAGACAUAAGCGAAUCAUGAAAUAAACUUCUGCAAGCAGAUCAUUCAAUGCAUGAGAAGGACAGAUUAUAUCCACAUAUAUUUUUGAAACAACUCAGAUACAAAAUACAUACAUAAUCAACAAGUAGUAGCGCAAUAGUAUUCAAACACAGACAUAAAUGCAACAUUAAGGCAAGAUUCCUGUUUUAAAGUUCAAUUCAAAUGAUAACAUUCAUCGAUACAGCUACUGAUUACUACAAAUUUCGUUGGAUCGAUUUUUUAACCUAUAAUCCGUUAUGGCUGCGGCAGUCAAUGUUCCUUCUUCUUGACAACGGAUUUUGUAUGGAAGGUUUUAUGUCGCAACUUGGCAUCUCCAUAAUGAAAAGGUUAAACUGACAAGUUCUAACAUAUUCCAAACAAAAUCCAUUACCAUGAAAAAGGAAAGUCAAUUCCCUGGUUGAAAUGACACAAAAUUAAUUACGAUGUAGGUUCAAUUUAAGCAAAAGGAAUCGUACUUUAAUAAGGAAUUGAAGGUCUUAUUAUUAUAUUGAAUUGUUCAAGCAAAAUUGCUAAAUUUGAUUAUAAUCUGGAAUAUUGAGGCAAAAGUGCAACACAAAAACGGAAAAAACUGAUCCAAGAUCAAUGAAAUUACUUAGCCAGAACGUGUGGUGUGGUAGCCGACCGGGAGGAUGUGAAUAGUAAAUGGAUUAUUAUAUUUAACUGA